ACGUGACGAAGGAGGCAGAGUUAGGUGGAGAGAGAGAACGCUGGGUUCGGCGGAGUGGGUCGGGUUGCCGGAGAAACGCGGUCUCGCUUGUCCCCGCCCGCGCCUCGCUUCAAAGUUCUUUGGGCAGCGCGCAGGCUCGCUCGGGGCUCUGCGUGAGCCAGGCGGCCCUAAAACGGAGCCCCUCUGCGAGGAAGAAGAGAUUUUUAAGAAGGACGUAAACGUCUCUUGUGCAACAAGUACAAAUCCCUCUCACCACAGGUUGAGUGGAAUUUCUCAAGAAAAGGGAGGCCAGCUUUCUAAGAACGUGGAGCCGAUACCGGGAGCUUUGCACUAGACAAAGUAGGGUGGGAGAUGUGAACGGAAGGUUUGCCGGAGCAGAUAUGUUGUUCUCCUGUGGAAUCCAAAGCUUUAGCCUAAGAAAGAAUCCAAAACACCUGUACGGGAAUCUUCGCUAAUAUUCGCGCCCCCCCCCCGCCCCAUUCCCCCUUCGUUUGUCGGAAAUCACUUACUGUAUUCUUAGUCCCUUGUUAGUUUUGUAUGACCUUAAUCUCAGUUCUCCUGCAGUUCCGAGUUUGCCUGUUUUGGUUGUUUAAACUUCAUGUCUCUUUAAACAGGACUUUAAACGAACGUGCAAUCUUCAGUGUUGAAAAACUAAAUAUUUCAAGGUGACUGCAGUCUCAGAACCAGUGUACUGUACUGUACUGUGGUUAGAUGUUGGACAGGGACUGGUGAGACACAGGUUCAAAUUCCUUCUUGAUCAGGGAGAUCACGCUCUCACACUGCCUCAGCCCAAUUCACUUCACAGGUUGACAAGGGGAUAAAAUGAGGGGAUGCACCAUGCCUGCUGUCUUGUGACCCCAGAGCUCAGUGGUAGCUUCUGGCUCAUACAGUCAUCAAGGAAGAAGCCUACAUCUAAACUGCUGCUUUACAUAGCCUUCUGUAGGAUUAGGACCACUGCCUGAAGUGACCUUUCUCCACAGUCAUGGUAUGGACGUUUGAAUCCAUAUUUAAUGCAUAUUUUUUUAAUACACAUCAGGAGGAACAGUGUCCAAAAUGGGGGCAGGAGAAGGAACUGGGAUGGUUUGAAAGUGGAAGGGAAAAAAGUAAGUGAAAUAUAUACUGUAGGUCAAACUCAAUUUUGUCUUUUUGAAAGAAUUCAUGUCUCCCCACCUUGGACACUUCCAGUCCCCUGAUGCCUCACAGUUCCCUGAUGCCCCUCAGUCUAUAAAGAAGAGGAAUACCACUAGUGAAUAAGAAGUAAUGUUGAAAGUGGUUUUGCAAGGUCAGAAUAUUUGGAUCUAAAUUGAAUACAUCUGAAGUCACAUAUCGGAAAUUAUGUCUUUCUUAAUCAAAGGUGCUCAGAAGCAUGGUUUUAUCUGUCAAAGCCACAAAGAGUUAUUUUGUAUAUUGAAGAGUUCAAAAGCCUUGAAUGGACAAAAUAUGAGAUCUUCACAAGCAUUCUCUCAAGUUAAUUCCAAAAAUAUGGACUCUUUCAGUUAUAUAAUAGUCGGAGCUGGGUCUGCAGGAUGUGUUUUAGCCAACCGAUUGACUGAAGAUCCUCACAACACCGUGAAACUACUUGAAGCAGGGCCAAAAGAUACUAUUUUAGGUAGCAAACGAUUAAUGUGGAAGAUCCAUAUGCCUGCUGCUUUAACUUACAACCUCUGUGAUGAGAAAUAUAAUUGGUACUACCACACAACACCCCAAAAACAAAUGGAUAAUAGAAUUCUGUACUGGCCAAGAGGAAGAGUCUGGGGUGGUUCCUCAUCCCUCAAUGCCAUGGUGUACAUUCGGGGCCAUGCAGAAGAUUAUAACAGGUGGUGUAAAGAAGGGGCUGUUGGAUGGAACUAUGAAUUUUGUUUGCCUUAUUUUAAAAGAGCCCAAGCUCAUGAGUUGGGUGCUGACCUUUAUCGAGGAGGGAAUGGCCCACUUCAUGUGUCAAGGGGAAAAACAAAAAACCCUCUUCAUUAUGCUUUCUUGGAGGCAGCUCAGCAAGCUGGGUACCCUUUCACGGAUGAUAUGAAUGGUUUUCAACAAGAAGGCUUUGGCUGGAUGGAUAUGACAAUAUACAAAGGUAAAAGGUGGAGUACAGCUAGUGCAUACCUUCACCCUGCUUUAUCACGUCCAAAUCUGUUGGCAGAAGACCGUACUCUUGUAACAAAAGUUUUAUUUGAAGGGACCAAAGCAAUUGGUAUUGAGUAUAUUAAAAAUGGAGAAAAGAAAAAGGUUUUUGCUAGUAAGGAAGUUAUUUUAAGUGGAGGUGCCAUAAACUCUCCACAGUUACUUAUGCUGUCUGGAGUUGGAAAUGCAGAUGAUCUAAAAAAAUUAGGAAUCCCUGUUGUCUGCCAUCUUUCAGGAGUUGGCCAGAACCUUCAAGAUCAUUUGGAAGUGUACAUACAGCAAAAGUGCAUUCAACCUCUAACACUGUAUAAAUCACAAAAGCCUCUUCAAAUGAUCAAAAUUGGUCUUGAAUGGUUUUGGAAAUGUACAGGAGAUGGAGCCACUGCCCACUUAGAGAGUGGUGGGUUUAUAAGAAGUCGCCCAGGUGUUCCUCACCCAGAUAUCCAGUUCCAUUUCCUCCCUUCGCAGGUGAUUGACCAUGGGCGUGUUGCUUCACAGUUGGAAGCUUAUCAGGUCCAUAUUGGCCCCAUGCGAAGUACCAGCACAGGAGAGCUGAAGCUGAAGAGUUCAGACCCUACUGAGCAGCCAAUUCUUGAACCUAACUAUUUGUCAACAGAAAUGGAUGUCUGGGAGUUUCGCCAGUGUGUGAAAUUAGCUAGAGAGAUCUUUGCUCAGAAAGCAUUUGAAAAAUUCCGUGGACCUGAGAUUCAACCAGGCGAACAUAUUCAGUCUGACAAAGAAAUAGACGCUUUCAUAAGGCAAAAAGCUGAUAGUGCCUAUCAUCCUUCGUGCACUUGCAAAAUGGGACAGGGUUCUGAUCCUACCGCUGUAGUUGAUUCUGAGACCAAAGUUAUAGGCACAGAAAAUUUGAGAGUAGUUGAUGCCUCAAUAAUGCCCAGUGUUGUUAGUGGGAAUUUAAAUGCCCCAACCAUCAUGUUAGCAGAGAAGGCUGCUGAUAUUAUCUUGGGAUUGCUAUCGCUUCAAGAGAAAAACGUUCCAGUAUAUAAACCCCAAACUCUGGAAAGUCAGCGUUAACUUUCUGCUCUGCACCUAGAAGUUUGCCUCCAUAGGAGAAGCUUAGCCUACUUUCUCCCUAGGAAUAUGUAUAAAAAGUAGCAUCAAUUGGUAUGUUGUCUAACAACACUAAACCAAAAAUCUGCUUUCAGUUUCAGGAAAGAGGAUGUACAGUAGAAGUGAUGCUUUACUUCAGUUAAUAUCUGUUAACGAUAGAUGACUAGAAACAUCUGAUUAACCACAGAGUUAUUAUAUCUAGACAUUUGAUGGUACGCACAGUAAAUUUUUACCAAAGAAUGGAACUCAGAUUUUGUACACUACAACAAAAAGCUGAAGGAAAAAUGACAAAAAUAGAGUACAGUUUAUGGCUUUUGAUUUUAUAUAAUAACAUGUGGAUGGGCCAGUACGUUUAACAUUUUGCAUAUUUUCCACAUCAGAUCUAAAGGUAAGAGAAAAUACCAGCAAUGUAUUUUUUUUUCUAGUAAUGGCAACAUUUAAUCUCAGAAUGAAAUAAAAUUACCAUUCUGUCACCAUUUUGUAGCUGAAUUUUAUUCAGGAUAGUUUUCUUGGAUAUUCUAAAUAAUUGAAUCAGAAUUGUGUUCAGGUUAGAUCUCUUUGAUCUAUACUCUGUAUCUUGUACAUUUUGGGCACCUUUUUUCAAUUGUCACUAAGGAAUAGAAAAGAAGAAGUCAGAAUAAAGUUGAUGCAUUUAUUUUAAUAGAAAGAAUCAUGAUUAAGUUAUGCUGCUUAUGCUUUGUAAAAGAUAAUCUCAUAUUUCUGGAAUAAGCAAAUUUUAAUACUAUUACAGUAUUUAGCCUCAGGUUUUUUGUUGUUGUUUUGCUAUCUUUUAUUGUAGGCACUACUUUGAUUUAUUUUGUCUUAUUGUUUAGGUACAUUAAGAAAGUAAUAAAAGUCUUGCCUUGAA